GAGAGCGUCGAGAGGCGCGGGGGGGAGUUCCAGAUGGAUUCGCCCUGAUGGCGGUUGCCGCGGGAGGCCCCGAGUAACCCUCCUAGCCCCGUCUGGCCUGGCCAUGCCCGGCCCAGCUGCCCCUGUAGGAGGCCUGAGAGGCAUGUGAAAGUGAAAUGGAUGCUUCCAGGUCAACAAUAGAAAAGUUCCAGCAUGAAUAAUGUGUAAGAAGGCUUUAAUAUUUAAAAUAGGUGCAAAGUAACCUUCAUAAAAGACUGAACCAUGGAACCAGAUAUCAUCCGAAUGUAUUCUUCAUCACCACCACCACUAGAUAAUGGAGCAGAGGAGGAGGAUGAAGAUGAGUUUGGUGAUUUUGGUGGGUUUUCCGAUGCUGGAAGUACUGGAGCCUUUGACUUUGCAUCAGAUUACUCCAGUUCAAAGGAAGAACAUAAACCUUCAUGUAACUCUGAUUACUCAGGCAGUGUAGAUGGCAUUAUAGCUUUUACUACUGUUAAAGAGUUUCCUCUUGAUAGUAACAAAGAAAAAUGUGAGUGUAGAAGUUUGGGUACUUCACUUGAUGAUAUUUAUGCGGAAGAAGUUAGAACUGGAAAAUUAGAGUCGUCAUACUCUGAAAUUAUUUGGACUGAUAUGAAAGUUUCAAGUCAGGACCACCAAGUAGACAGCUGUAAUGGUGAGAAACAGCCAUGUCCAGAAGUUCUAACAAAUGGGUUUGCAGCACUGGACACAGCAAAUUCUCAGGAAGCUGAAGAUACAGAUGGUAUCAGUGACUCAAAGGGAUUAAAAAUAAUUAGCACUAAUAGCUCUGAAUUAAGUUUGGAGUCUAUACCCACCACAGCAGAGGAUUUUGCAGACUUUGCCACGUUCUCAAAUAAACAAACAAGCCUGGUUGACGAAACAGGAAAUAAAAUAUGCACAAAUUCUAAUGAAAGAGAAGUGCUUUGUGUACAGGAAAGCAAUAUUAUAAAUGGUGAGGGGGAAUCUAUGAAGAAAGCAACUUCAGAUAGAAGCUGUGAAUAUGGACAGAUUUGCAUUUCAAAAAUUAAUUUAGCGAUCAAUGAAGACUUCAGGGCUAAAGAGGACUGCACAUCACUCGAACAUAAUGCCUUUAUUUCUUCCAUACACGCAACUGUGAAUUCAGUAGGCACAACUGAAAGUAUUGGAGGAAGAGAGGAGUGUGACACUGGAAAUAGUAAAGAACAUACCUUUUUAAGGACCAAUGAUAAUGCAGAUACAUUAAGCCUUAAUGUAGGUGGAGUUCAGAGUCUUGGCUCUCAUCCUACAGAAGAGAACGUAUAUGUUUCCGAAAUAGUUAAGAAUGGUGAAAGUGACAUUGGGCAUGCGUCAUGCAGUGGUUUAAAUGAAGAUGAUUUUGGUGACUUUGGCACAGUCAGCAAUGGAUCCCUUGCUUUUACUCAAGUUUCUGCCAGCCAAGAACACUUUCAAAGCCCUUCUGAAGAAACCAGUAAAAGAAGUAAUGCAUGUGGUGACUUCACAGAUAGAAGUGAUGUUCACCAGCAAUCAUCCAAGGGGGCUCCUCAAUCAAAAGAGAUUUCAAAUGAGGAGGAAUGUUGCACAGAUGAUGCUGGUUCUAGCAUGACAGUUCAGCCACUUGCAGAAUUGGAAAAUGGAAAUGACAGUGAGUUUGGAGACUUUGGCUUAGGGGUAAAAAGGUUUCCAGACUCUGAUGAGUUUUCAGCCUUCAGUUCUGCUGGUUGUAACCAAGCUACAGAGUGGAAUGCUUUUGAGGCUGAGCAAAAAGAGAGCUGCUUGUGGGCUGCUUUUGAAGAUGAGCAGGUGGUGGAACCUCAUGCCAGAAAAGAUGUGUGGCCAUCAGAUAGGACAGACACAACUUUUGAUGAUGAAGAUUCAGUGACUCAUACACCUAACAGUGUUUCUGUAGCCUCUCUGCAUGGAACCGGUAGUGGGAAGUUGCAGGACUUGCCGGCUUCAGCUCGGACAAAGCUGCUAAGUCGUCUAGAACGAAUAUUUGAAGCCUGUUUUCCUCCUGUAACUGUCUCUGAAAUGGAAGAGGAGAUUGCUCCUUUAAAUCUCUUGUUGGAAAUGAGUAAUAAACCUGGGAGGACAGAGGAGGCCUUGUCACAAAGGGAACUGCUAGAUGUGUGGACAGAGCUUCAGGAUAUCCACGAUGCAUAUGGAUUGAAAUAUCAGUGGGGUGGCUCCCUCAGCAACAAAAAACUCCUCUGCUCUCUGGGAAUCGACACAAGAAACAUCCUCUUUACAGGUAACAAGAAGCAACCUGUUAUAGUGCCCAUGUAUGCAGCAGGAUUGGGUAUGUUAGAGCCUACAAAGGAACCCCUGAAACCAAUAUCUGCUGCAGAGAAAAUAGCUUCCAUAGGACAGACUCCACUUGCAUCACCAGAGAUGAAUAUAUGUACAACUGAUCAGUUCCAGGAAUCUCUACCACCUGUCCAGUUUGACUGGAGUAGCAGUGGCCUUACUAACCCUUUAGAUGCUAGUGGAGGUUCCACUCUUCUGAACCUUGAUUUCUUUGGGCCCGUGGAUGACAGUAGCUCUAGCACCACCACCACCAUCCCAGGUGUGGAUCCAGAACUGUAUGAGUUGACAACUUCAAAGCUGGAAACCUCCAACUCCACCAGUAAAGUGACUGAUGCAUUCGCAAAGCUAAUGUCCACAGUAGAGAAAGCAAGCACAUCAGCAAGAAAGCCCAAAAAGGAAGAACAACUCAGUGAAGAGGCUGCCAAGGUGAUUUCUAGCCUUCCUGACUUAUCUUUCAUGCAUGCCAAGGUGUUGAUGUUCCCAGCCACAUUAACACCUUCAACAAGUUGCCAAGGCAAGGUAGACUAAGGUGAAGUGAAUUGGACAAUUUCCAUUGAUUCUUGCCCUAGCCCCCCUUUCUGGGCCCUAUUGAAGUGAUCUUGCUUCAAUUAAAAAUUAUUCAAGUUCAGAUGAUUUGUUGGUAAGCAGCACUAGAAAGGUAUACAUACUUAUGUAUAUUUAUUUACAUAUUGGAGUCCUAAAUUUAUAUUAGACAAAUGUAAAUAACUGGAGAGGAUUGAACCUUUUUUGAAGAUUUAUCCUUUUUUGUUGUGUUGGGGUGUAACCAUUUUGUCUUUGUGGAAUACACUGGUAGUGUCCUUCUUACAAAACUUUCUAAACAAUUUUUAAAAAUUGAAAUUUCCAACUUUUGCUCUUCAUGAAAUUUCCCUUGCCUCCCACCCCACCCAAUUUAAUAACUCACCCUUGAUGAAAAUCCUUUUACUGAAAGCUUUAAACCUUAUGUUCUUUCAGUAGUUUUCUUUUUUGCAGGGGUGGGAUGGGGCUAAGUGGUUGAUUUUUUUUGAUUUUUAGCUUUUUGACUUCUAACAGUGUGGAUUUAUCAUCAUUGCCUUUCAAGAGGUUUGCUGUCAAUUCUCUUUAGUUAAGUGAUCACUGCCUAAGCACUUGAUUCUCGAGAUCUAUGUGUUAAUCAAUUUGGUUUGGGAUGGAAGGACCAAAACUGUCUAAAUGUCUUACACUGAAAUAUACCUGUUACAUUUUUGUUGUUGUACCACUAUCCCUAUAUUUUGAUUUUGCACAGUGUAAAUUUGACAUAAUCAUAGAUUGCUAUGGUUUAGGCUGUAUGUACAGUAAAACUAUGGGUUGUAAAUGUUUGGGGAAAUUCCUAUGGAAAAAAAGAGAAUGCUAUGUAGAACAACCUCUAACAAGGUUUAUGUGCAUGCCUGAGGUCUUUUUGAAAUUUCAGUGUAUAAAUUUCCUCUUAGCUUACACAAAAUAAAAAAUAAAGUUAUAUAGUCUGUUAA